UUCGAGGGCAAUUCCUAAAUAAGGCUGGACUGUCAUCAAUACACACAUUCGCGCAUUGCACUUUCUCGUAUGUCAUCACGAGACUCUCUUUCGUUCUCUUCUUUCAACCCAUUCUCAUUUUGAGACACCAGCGGAAGAUUUUCAUCACCGACAUCGACUUUCUUACUGUUUGAAGGAGCCGCAGAAGCUCCAAAACAUCGCCAGAAUGAGUGGACUCCGCUUCCUCGACCUCGUCAAGCCCUUCACACCCCUCAUCCCCGAGGUGCAGGUGCCAGAGACCAAGGUUCCAUUCCAACAACGGAUAGUAUGGACCAGUGUUACCCUCGUCAUCUUCUUGGUGAUGAGCCAGAUGCCGCUCUACGGCAUUGUCUCCUCAGAUACCUCCGACCCGCUUUACUGGCUUCGUAUGAUGAUGGCCAGUAAUCGAGGUACCCUGAUGGAGCUCGGCAUCACACCUAUCAUCUCCUCCGGAAUGGUGUUCCAGCUCUUGGCCGGAACACACCUCAUCGACGUCAACCUGGACCUUAAGUCCGACCGCGAACUCUACCAGACUGCCCAAAAACUUCUCGCCAUCAUCUUGUCCUUCGGACAGGCCUGUGUCUUUGUUCUCACUGGCUUGUAUGGAUUGCCGGCUGACCUCGGUGCCGGCAUUUGCGUUUUGCUUGUCGUUCAGCUCUUGACUGCAGCCUUGAUCGUGAUCUUGCUUGACGAGCUGCUCCAGAAGGGAUACGGUCUCGGCAGUGGUAUCUCGCUCUUCAUUGCCACCAACAUCUGCGAGUCCAUCGUCUGGAAGGCUUUCUCACCCACCACUGUAAACACCGGUCGGGGUCCCGAGUUCGAAGGUGCCAUCAUCGCCCUGGUCCACCUUCUGAUCACCUGGCCCAACAAGCAGCUUGCGCUUCGCGAAGCUUUCUACCGCCAAAACCUGCCAAACAUCAUGAACUUGCUGGCAACCAUUCUCGUCUUCAGUGUUGUCAUCUAUCUUCAGGGCUUCCGUGUUGAAAUCCCUGUCAAGUCAUCCCGCCAGCGCGGCAUGCGUGGCUCAUACCCUGUCCGCCUCUUCUACACCUCGAACAUGCCCAUCAUGCUUCAAUCUGCCCUGUCGUCAAACGUCUUCCUCGUCUCGCAGAUGCUCUACAACCGUCUCCCUGACAACCUGCUCGUCAAGCUUCUUGGUGUCUGGGAAGCUCGCGAGGGGACCUCCCAGGUCCUGCCCGCCAGCGGUCUGGUGUACUACAUGAGCCCUCCAUUGAACAUCACCGACGCCCUGAGCGACCCGAUUCACACUGCCAUCUUCGCCGUCUACAUGCUUGUCGCCUGUGCUGCUUUCAGCAAGACCUGGAUCGAGGUUUCGGGUUCCAGCCCACGCGAUGUUGCCAAACAGUUGAAGGAGCAAGGAUUGGUCAUGGCCGGCCACCGCGACGAGAGCAUGUACCGUGAGCUCAAGCGCGUCAUCCCUACCGCUGCUGCAUUCGGUGGUGCUUGCAUCGGAGCUCUCUCCAUCACCAGUGAUCUGAUGGGUGCCCUUGGAAGCGGUACUGGUAUCCUCAUGGCUGUCACUAUCAUCUACUCGUACUUCGAGAUCGCCGCCAAGGAGGGUGACAUGGCCGGCCUCAAGGGAAUGGUCAUGGGAUAGAUUACGACGGUCUACCGACCUGAUCGGACGCAUCGCUUCUCUUCGUAUUCCAUGUAUAUAGGCCGAAAAGCUCCUUGCCUUUGGAGUAUCAUAAACGCAUCGUCAAGCGAAAAGAAAAUGUAAGACAAUACCAGAGCCGCUUAGGCGCAUUUGGAAUGCGCCGCUGCAUUCGAAGCAGGAAGGCGAAUACGAAUCGCGAUAGCAAGCGAUGCUUGAAGAGAAUCUGCGCUGCAGAAUACGUCAAGUGUCAAUGGCAUCGAGCGGCGGAGUUCGGGUUGCGAGGUGGGCCU